ACCAAGAAUAUUGAUAAAAUCAUUUUUACGUGACUACACUUCUCUCAAAUUAACUUUACUAAUACACCGCCGUUGUUUUUUUACGAGAUAGUUUUAGACGAAAUUAGUUUCGAUUUAUAAAUGUUCGUAGUAUUUGUUAUACUGUAAAAAUAUCGUUCGUCAAAUACCUAUAAUAAUUGUGUCGAUUAUUUAGAUUGCCAUAUCGCUUUUCAUAGGUAUUAGAGUUACUGUUUUUCUUCAGUUACGUAAACAAAAUAGCAUUCCAACAUUAUCAUGUAUCUAAAGACGUGGAAAGAAUUUGAAACCGCUUCAUUUAAUUUACUUCUAAGGGAUCCAACCAGGGUAAUUAUAAAUUUAUUAUUUCAUUCCAAUAUAACUGUGUAUGAGUGUAUGACGUACUGGUUUUAGUACCAAUGUUAUAUGUUAUGAAUUAUAAUAGAAAGUCAGGAAACCGUAAAGAGUCGUGUAGUAUAAGAGAAGUUACAAAUUACUAUAAUGAAAUUAUUUCGCACCACAAUGGUAGGUUAAAUAGGCAAUUUGAUUAUGUAUAUUUUAUGCCAAAUUACUACUUUAGUUACUUAUAUAUAGGUCAUAAUUAAAAUAUUUAAUGAGUUAUGUUCAUUUUAUUUUACAAAUUUUAAUAUCUAUGUACUUAUAGAUAAAAUGAAUAAAAUAAAACCAAUUAUUUAGGUACAUAUUUCUCUAUUAAAUACUAGGAAAAUAUUUAUCUUUUAAAUCAUAAUCAACAUUUUAUUAAAACAUAAUAGAUAUUAUAUCUCUUUUAAUUUAAUUUUAAUCAAAAAUAAAACAUUUUUUCUUUUUGUGUAGGUACCUAACCAAGAGCUAUAUUUGUAAAUACAUGUUGAGUAGGUAAUCACAAAGAUAAUAAUGAUUUAGUUCAUAUUUUGUUAAUAAAAAUGGAUUUACCAUUUUUUACUUAAAUAUUAGAUCUAUUUCUAAAUAUUUUUCUCAGCUAUUAAUUAUGUUGAAAAAUAAUUUUCAAUUAAUCAAUUGCAUAUUUCUUACUAAAUGCUGGCUUAAGAAUUGUAUUAUUAAUUUUAAAAUUCAUGGUUUUACAGAGAGUAAAUCACUUAUUAAUAGUGUACUAGAUUCCAGAAUACCACGGUUUUUCCAAUGAUUAUCAGGAUUUUCUAUAAGAUUACCAAAGAUUUCCUGUAAGAUUGUCCAACAUUUGUACACUGAUUUGAAUUAAUGAAUUACCCUCUGGUUUUUAACUCUUAUUGAACUAAAGAAAAUAAUUUUAAUCAAAACAGUUGUGUUGUAGUUUUUGUCAAUAAUAUGUAUAGAGUAAAUAAUGUCAAUGAAAUUAUCAUAGAUAAUUGUAAUUAUUUAAUGUUAAGAUUGUGUAGUAAUGAGACCUGUGAAUUAAUCGCUAUAAAUAAGGGUCAUAAUAAUAUUUGUGUAAACUUUAAAACUCAGUUAAGAAAAUUAGGUAAUAGUAUUACAGUGAAAAAAGAUAUAAAUCUAGUUUAGCGCCCAUUAGAUUUGUUGAGUUUUUUUUUUCUAAAUGUUUGGUUUUACAUGUACAUUAAGAAUGUAAAAAAAAAAGGCGGACAAACUUCAUGAAGUUCAUGUUUUCCGUUUCACAUAUUUCUUAGUUAGAAUUUUACAUUUUCAAAAUGUGUGUUUUUUAGUGUUUAAUCCAUUGGCAUAGUCAAAAUUUACCUAUCAUUCUUACAUUUAUUGUUUUUUUAUAUUAAUUUGAAAAUGUUAAAUUUUAAUUAAAAAAUACAUGAAACAGAAAACCCUAACUUUAUGAAGUUUUCCCCCAUAACUUCAAAAAAAAGUUCGUCCCCCCUUUUUUUUACAUUCUUAAUGUAUAAGUAAAACCCCACAUUUUGAAAAAAAAAAAAUCAAAAAUCCGCUUGGGUGCCAAACUAUAUUUGUUCCAAAAAAAACUAUUAAUAAUAGAUGGUAUAAACAUGAAUAUAUCGCAAUUUAGUAAUAAUGAAUUAAAACUAGAAUAUUUAAAUCUUUUGACACAAGUAGGAUUUUACAGCUGUAUAAACAAUUAUACAAAAGUUACUGAAAGUUGUACAAGGAAUGGCCAUAUUUUUAUUAAAUGUAAACGUAUUGAUAAUAUUGUACCUAUUAUACUCGAAUCUUGUAUUACUUACUAAUAUAAUAUUAUAUUAAUAGAUUAUGAUUUUGUAAAGAAAAAUGAUGAAUUUACAAAUAGUAAAAUGAAUAUAAAUAUUAAACUAUUAAGCACAUUGUUAGUAGAUGAAAAAUGUUAAGAACUUUUGAAUGAAACAAAUUUGGAAAAUUAUGCAAUUAAGUUUCAAAAUAUACAUGUAUACUAUGGUCUUAUCCUUAUACUAAUAAUUCUAUCUAUAAUUUUUUUUUUUAAAUCAAGUUUUUGUACACAUACUUUGAGAAAAAUUAAAUUUUUAUUUUAUCACAUCAAAAAUCUUCAAAAUUGCCAUUUUGUAAAAAAUAUUCUAAAAGUUUUAAUGUAAAUUAAUAUAUCCAAUCAAUAUCUUCCUAAUAAUAGCAGUUUAAUUUCUUAAAAAUAAUCAUGAAAAUAAUUCAUUUUCAAUAGAAUAACACAUUACGGGAUAAGGAAUCACAAUCAACACAGUAAUUCCUUAUCUUAAAUACUAAUUGUUUUCAGAUCUAAUUUCUGUAUAUUAAAACCACUAUAACAAAAAAACUGUUGAUGGGAUAUGAAUGUAUGAUGCAUUGAAAACUUUAAAAAGUGGAACUUAAAAAGUUAUUUUUUUAGUGAUUAAAGGAUGAAAAUAAAAAUUGAUUUUUCUCUACAUAUGUGUCACCUUUGCUUUUAUCAAAAAAUGUGCUCUAAAAUUCAACUAUAUAUGUUUAUAUAUAUAUAUGCAAUUAAUAAUGUAAUAUAACAUAAUGUUAUAUUUUACUAUUACAUUUUGUACAUUUCCUGUUUUUUCUUUGGUUUUCGAUCAAAAAGAGAAAAUUAUAAUAAACAUUAUUGUAAAACCAAUACAUUUCUGGUUUCGCUCAGAAUCUAAAAUAGAAUAGGUUUAUAUGAUUAAUUCUGUAGGAAUAUAUCUUGAGUAAGUUCAGCCAAAUACUUAGGUGUAAUUUUUGAUAAGCAUUUAAAAUGAAAAACCAUAUUAAAAUGAUUAUAAUUCUGAUAAGAAAAUGUUUUUAUGUUUUUAAAGAGUGAAGAUAUAUUCUUUAUAUUCCUAAUCUAAGAAUGGUUUAUUUGAAACUAUAUCAAUCUAUAAUAAUGUAUUAAUUAAAUGCGUGGGGCUCAGUUUAUAAAAAUGUUUAAGAUCCAUUAAAUAUAAUCCAUAGGAUGCUUAUUAGAGUAUUAAUAAAAGAAUAUUGCCCUAACUAACCAGGACCAUUGUAUGGAUUUAUUUCUGAAAUUAAUAAUAUUAACAAUUAAUCAAUUAUGUGAUAAUUUAUAAAUAGUAAAAAUACAGAUGACUAAAAAAGAAAUUGAAUUAUGUAUAUGUAUUAAGUAUAAAACAAGGGGAGAGAAAAGUGGUAAUUUAAGGUUAGUUAAACCUAAUACAAUAUUAAUGGUGAAUUAUUAUAUUAAUAGAGGUAACUGCAAAGGUAUUAAAGUAUUUAAUCAACUCCAUAUAAAUAUUGAGUUAAUAGAAAAUAAUAUUUAAACUGAUAUUUCAUGAAAAACUAUACACCUAUGCAUUUAUUUUAUUCUAUUGUUUUAUUACUGUUGUUAUUGUGAUUCUUGUUAUCAUUGUAACCUAUGUAUCUUAUUAGUUUAAAAAGAUUCUCAUACUACACUGAUAUGAAUGAGUAUUCAUUUAUUUUUUAAAAAUAGGUCAUUUAGUGAAUAAAUUUUAAACAAUAUUAAUAAUAUUUUAUUACAAUUUAAAGCAAUAGGUUAGAUUAGGUUAUGUAAUAAUACCUAUCUAAUAAUAAUUAGUUCCGUGAAGAUAGCUUAGAAUUUUUAGCUUAAGUCAUAGUAUUAAAAUUUUGCAGUAAUUUGACACGCUGACAACAUUAAUGUUUUCAUAUAGAUAAUAUUAUAGUUUUAAUGGUUUAUCAUUAUUGUUUAAUUAUUUAUAGACUAUUUAUAUUGUUUAAUAUUUUAUAUUCUGUACAAAUUAUUGAGUUUUGGUUGGCUGUUAGGGUAUCAUUCCUCUAUGUACAAAUACCAUUUCCUUCAUGUAUGUAUAUAAGUCUAUUUUAUUUUAAAUAACACUUGGUUUUAAAUGUUAAAUGAUUUCAGUUAUUUUCAAAAUGUUCAUAUUAAUUUUAAGUUAUACCAUGAUACAUUGACAUUUACUUAUAUAAGUCAAUUACAAAAAUAGUUAUAUUAUGUAAAAUAAUAUAACAAUGAUUACCUAUUAAUUAUAAUCUGUGACUUAUUUUUGCAAAAAUAUAGUUCAAUAUAAAGUAUUAUUUAAAACAAAAAUUAAUUAGUAAAAGAAAUAUAGAUACAUUUAUUUAAAUGUACAUACACUUAACAAUAUAUGAAAAGUGACAUACCUCAGUCUCUGUUUUCAAUUCAAAUUCAAAUUUAAUUAUUUAACAUAUCUAGUUACAGUGACAAACAUGAAUCGAGGUAAUAUACCAAAAUUAUCUACUGUUUGGUCCAACAUUUGUGUGAAGUCUUACAUCUUGAUAUUAUAUUUUUAUGAGGUGUACUUUAAAAUUAAUUUAUAAAAUAUAAUGCAUACAUUUUGAUAGUUUUGUUGAUUAAUUAAUAAAAUAUAUAAGUGUUUAAUUUAUUAUAAAAAGUAAGUUUUUAAACUGUAUUUAUAUUAAUAAUUUUAAUUGAUUUCUUCUUAUUUCUGUAUGAUGUUGGUACAGUGUGUUGUAGAAUAUUAAAGUAUUUAAAUAAAUAAGAUAACCAAACCAGGGAAGUCUAAUAUUCACUGAAUGAUAGUCCUAUUGCUAAAGCACUUAUUUUAAUAAUAAAUAAUGUUAUUUUUGUUUUCCACUGUUUCAAAUGUUAUCUUAUUUUAUCACAGAUUAAAAUAGAUGGUGAACAUACAAACUACAAAAUUUAUUUUUAUAAAGAUAAACAUAUAUAUAUAGUACAUGUUUGUGUUUUUUAUUUGUACUUGAAAUAUAAAAAUUUACCCUUAGUAUUAUGCAUAUCGAAAACUAUAAUCAUAAUUUUAAAUAAUAGCUGUAACUACAUACUAGCAAAUUUAAAAAACGCAUUUAUGAAACCAAAGCAACUACAGCACAUAUUUUUAAAUGCAAGGGGUAAUUAUAAAAAGUUGGUGAUGCAGGAUAUAAGUAUAGAUAGUGUACAAGACUUUAAGCAAACAGACUUACAUGAAGGAAAAAGCCUUUGUACAUAGUGGGACUAUAAAUAAUUGAUAAACUAUUAAAACUAUAAUAUUAUAGGUUUAACCCACUGUUGUCACCCUUCCCACCUAGUACUAGUUAGUCUAAGAUAUCCUUGUACUAAAUUGCUAGCAUUGGUGUUAUAAGUAAUAAAAUAAAAAACAUAUUAUUAAUUUGAAAACAUGAAUGUUAGCAGGGUGUUAAAUGACUGCAGAAUUCUAAUACAUACAAUGACUUAAGUUAAAAAUUGGCGAUAACGAUAAUAUGGGUUUGGAGUGAACAUAAACUUAAAUUUUUGUAUAUUCUGAAAGUACUAAUUGAGCAAAAUAAAUAAAAUAAAAUAAAAAACAAAACAAAUAAAAUUGUGUAUUUAAAUUUAUAGAAUUAAUUGUUGACACAUUUAACAUACACUAAAUAAAAAUAUAUUUUAUAUAAAAAUCUGCACUGUAUAUAUCAUAUAUUAAAUAAAAAUAUAUUUUAUAUAAAAAUCUGCACUGUAUAUAUCAUAUAUUAAUGAUAAAUCCAUCAUAAACUUUAGAGAACAUAAUUUUUCGUAUGAACCCAAAUACCUACUUGCUUCUAGUUUUUAUAUUUUUUAUUAAAUUAUGGAACUUUGUACUUAGAUUAAAAUAAUUAACUAUUUUCAAAACUACCUUCAUAGAUCACACCUUUAUAGAUCUUACAUCUAUAACUUUUUCAACAUAUUUAAUUCAGUUGAUGGUUUUCUAUUAUACUUAUAAUUACAAAUUUGAUUUUAUAAUAAUACACCCAUAAAAUUCAAAUUUAUUAUAAAUAAAUUCAAAAGGUUAUAACAUGGUAACUUUAUCUGAAAAAUUAAAAAUAGACUCAAUAUAUUAUGAUUUUUAAAUUUUUUUGUAAUUUUGUUAUUAAUUAUUACUAACAAAAUAAAUAUUGUGUAAUUUGUUUAUUUUUGAUUAGGUACUUAAUUAUUUAUAAUUUUAUAAUAUGAAUAAAAAUCCUACCCUAAUAUUAUCAUUGACAUUAAAACCUCUUGUAUACAACUUUUCUAAGACUAUUUAGUUUAUUACAUUUCACUGGUGAAACUUUUUUUUUUUUUUUUAAAGGUCAGAUGCACAAUGAAAUAUUGUCAUAGCCAAGGAACUGUAGUAUUGAAAGUGACAGAUAACAUUUCAGUAAGUAAAUUUAUAUUUAUUUUUUAUUAUUCAUAACAUGCAUUAUUGUAAUAAACAUACCUAUCUACUGAGUUUUAAUUUUGAAUUUUUCAUUUGUAACAAUUUGAUAAAAAUAAUUGAUAACUGUAAAUUACAAACUUUAAUGUGCGUAAUGUUAAAUAUCUAAAUAUUUAUACAUUUUAGUUAAAUGGGUUUUAGUUUCUUGAUGAAUAUGAUAUACUGCUAUGCCAUAAACAUUUGUAUUAAGUGUUUCUGCACUAACACCUUUUUGAUUUUUACUAUUUUUUGGAUCAUUUGAUAUUUGAUAAACAUAUUUUAGUUAAGCAGUCAGCCAAUAAAUAAAACAAAUUUGUAUAAGAUUCAUUAAGGUAUUUCUGAUAAUAUUCAGCAGAAAAGCUGGUUGAAAAUGAUCUAUAAAUCAUAUUGUAGGUACAUUUUAAUUUUUAUUAGUAAAGUAGUAAAAAUGUUUUAAUUUGUAUGUUAAAAUGUUGGCAUUUACUUGUAAUUAAAAUUUUUUUUUUUAGUGUCUGCAGUUCAAAACAUCAGAUAUUCAAAGCGUAAAAAAAAUUGAAGCAUUUUAUGCUACAAUUAUGAAACAAAUAAUAUCUGUUGAUGUAGAAGUUUAAACUUUUUAUAUGUUAAUUAAAAAAAAUUAUAUUCUUAUUAAAUAUCUGUAAGCUUUACUUUGAUUGUAAAAACAAAUAUUUUAAAUCUUUUUUUUCUACAUACAACUGUACCAAAAAUAUACAAGAUCUAUAAAUGAAAAUUCAAUUUUAAUCACAUUAUACAUUUUGAUAAUUAAAGUGCUCAAUAGCCUAUAACUAAUAUAAAGUAAUAAUUUUGUUUAUUUUUUUGCAUUUAAGUAUAAAUGUUAUGACUUUAAAGAUGUUAUAAUGAAUAGUUAUAAUUAAAUCACAUACCAUCAUAUUUUAAAAUAGUUUAAUUUUCAUUAGAAAAUAAUUCUUUAAUUCUAUAUUAAAUUAUAUUAAAUAAUUGAAAACAAGUAUAAUAUAUGUCUAGAAUUUAAGGAUUCAUUUGUAAUACAUUUUAAUGUAUACAUAAUGUUUUGUUUGUGUUUGGCGUUCUUUGUUUUACUGGUGUAGUGUUUAUCACCUCAUAAAGGUACAUAUGAAUUUAUAAUAUUUUGUAUUAGAAGCUAAUAUUUUUUAUAAUUCAAUUUUCCAUAUGAUUGUAAAAUACUUAAUAUUAAAUUAAAUAUAUUUAACUAACUUAAAUAUUUGUAAUAUUUUCUUUUUACUUUUAAUAACGUUUUGAUUUGAAAUUAUCCACAUCCAACAUUUUGGAGAAUAAAUUACAUUCAAUGUUAUUUUAGUAAGUGUGUUCAAUGUGUUGCUGAC